AUGGCCGAGUCCAAGGCCUCUCGCAGCAUUGGCAAACACGCCUGCCAGGCUUGCCGUAGGAGGAAGACACGAUGCUAUACCGACACGCUCAAAGAGAACGGCAAGUGUCGGCGUUGUCAAGCACAAGAAAUCAACUGCGAAUGGAAGGAAAUCUCAAAGACCCGGAAGCGUACCCGUACUGGCUCGCGCAUCGCGGAGCUAGAGGAGAAGAUUGUAUCGCUCACAUCGGCCAUGAACAAUCUCGACAAGAAUAACGUCUUGAGUGGAUCCGCUGGGAACUCUCCUAAUAAUUCUCACUCUCCAAAUCGUUUUCAUAGAUUUGAAAGCACAUUGGGCUCUGUAACGACUGACAAUGCUGUGCCCGUAGCUUCGGACACAAAUAUCCUACCCACCAUCGACUCGUCUGGGCCACCAUCGCGGGGAUUAGCCAGCGCCCGACAUGGUAAAGAUCAUAACCCACCAGAAAGCGGUUCCGAACCGUUGAAUCUGACGUCGGCUGCUAAGAAGAAACUUCUUCGCUGUUUCUUCAAUACGCUGCUUCCGCAGUACCCGGUGGUUCGUUCAGUGGCCAACAUGCCUCUCGAGUCGUUAGAGGAAUAUCGGCCGUAUUCGGCCAGAGCAAUGAUUACAGCAGCCUGCAGCGUUCUGGAACCACAGCUAUUCAAAGACAUGCAUACUCAAAGUACAAAAACUCUGGCUCAUGUAGUGCUCGUGCAGGGCCACAAAAGCCUUGACCUGCUUCAAGCACUUCUGAUAACCGCGGUAUGGGGAUGUCCCCCAACUAACUUGGAGCACCUGAAUAUCUCCCAAUGGUCUCAUACCGCAUGCACAAUGGCCAUGGAUCUCGGAUAUGGCGGCAGGACAUCAUGGCAGGCGCAGAACCAAGAUAUUGCCGAGCUUUCCCAAGACGCCUCGGACGGCAUGCUGGAAAGGUAUCGGGCAAUGUUUGGCGUCUAUUUGACAUGUUCAAGAAUUGCCAUUAGCUUUCGACGACAGAGGAUCAUAUCAUUCAGCCCUUCCACUGGCGUGGCGUUAGCCAUCUUCAAACAAUAUGCCACUGAGACAAAUGACCAACGACUCGUGGCGUGGCUUCAGCUGCAAGCUAUAGCUGAGGAUAUAGAGGCUAUGAAGAGAGAGGCCGAGAUGAGCUCCGACCCUGCCGUAGUGGAGCAUAUCAAUGUCAAGGAGAAAUCCGCUCUGCUCGAACAGCGCUUGCGAGAAUGGGAGGCAAAGCUUGACCGAACACUGCUGACUGCUUCCCUCGAGAUCGAUCUUAACUUGUGCAAGAGCAAGCUCCACGAACUCGUCAUUUGCUUUGAUCACAAUGUCCAGAGCCUCAGUCUGCCAUCAUUGGCAACAAAAUCCGACGCUCCUCUGCCCGGCUCUCGCGCUCCACUCAGCCCCACGUAUACCCGCAUACUGUUGUCUUUUAUCAGUGACUGUCAGUCUAUCCUGGAUGUUCUGUUAAACACAGGUCUAGAGAAUAUCCGAUCGCUACCACUUCUCACAUUUUUCCGAGUUCCAUAUGCCUUCAAAGCCUUGGCCAUGCUGCAGAAACGCGUCACUGAUCCAAACGACAAAAUCAGCCAGAUCAUCGACAAUGACACUCUCAAGUGGUCACACUAUGCGCACAGUGUUUCCAAGGUUCUCGAAGACGCAAGCACACAUGGGCUCUACGCUCCAGCAGCGGUGGUACUCCAGAUUAGAGACACCGUGGGAAACAUGCAUCUUGCAGAGAGCAUUCCGACGCCAUCCGUGCAUACUCGAACACUUCGAUCGAGCACUGCCCCAAGUCCGGGACAAUAUAUGCCGACACCCCCAGACGUGGUGGUCGGAAUUCAGGAUGCUUUGCCUAACAAUACAGCUUUUGGUGAUUGUAAUGUCGGACUGUGGCCAGACGACUACGGAUUUGCCUUCAUGUCAGAACAGGAGAUUCCCAUGUCCAAUUUUUACUACGGAAUGGAUAAUGUUGGCGACCGAUCAGGGGGCUGGUGA